ACGGCCGCCGCCUGCCCGCCUUGAUCUCCACUCUGCUCCACGCCUCCACGGAAGCGAAGGGCCACCACCAAGUGGUUCGAAUUCUCCUCUCGCGGCCGGCUUCCUCCUCCUCGUCCUCCUGUCUACUGGCACGAGAUGGCCUCAGGAUUCGUCGGUCGAGGAGUAUGCAUGAUGAGCAACUCGUGGAGAGACAAGCAGCACCCCAACCUCAUCAACUUCAUCGCCACAUUCCUCGCUGCAAACUCGUACCGCCUCAACUUCCUGUCAGUUUCUCCGGACUUCAUCUUCAACAAUGGGGGCACAUCUGUUGCUUUUAUCUUUGAGACGAAUUGGGAUACUGAAAAGGAAGCUGCUGUCUUCAGCAGGGUGAAUACACUGAAAAGGCAGUUCAAACAUCUUUAUGUUGUUGUCGUCGUUUCCACAGGAGAACAAAUUGAAUCAUUUAACCAAUCAUAUUUCAAGUAUGGCAUGGAGCUUGGCUGUCCUACAUUUGUGCCUGUUUGUGAUCCAGAGAUGGGAUUUGAGAAGAUUGUAAAGAUAGCUCAUGCUCGUGGAGUAUGCAAGCAGCAAGACAUUAUCACAACUAUGAGGAAUGAGCGGGCCCAAGCUGUUCAGUGCAUGGAUGCAUUUUUACGAGUGCUGACCUCUAUUCCUGGUAUUGACAGUCAUGAUGCAAAUGCGCUUGCCCAAGCUAUUGGCUCCAUUGAAGCAAUUGCAAAGGCAUCCAAGGAAUUCAUCCUGGAAAACACUGAUCUUUCCACUGAAAAAGCAGAGAGGAUUUUAAGGUUCUUCAGGGAUCCACAGUACUACUUAAGCCCUAAAAUCAACUAAUUCUUGCAGGCAAAGUCCCUGUUGAAGCGGGCAAAUUGGUGUGGCGAUACCUGAAUCCCUGUGGAACCAGGAUUCUAGUCUGUUAGUCUACAGGGCUUCCAUGUGCUAUAUAUUGACAUUUUGUUGCACGGCUUGUUUGAGUGUGUUAAGCUAAUUGCCAUGUUACACGGCUUGCCAUAUCUAAUCCUACUCCAUUUGGUGAACAUGCAAAGAGUAAUUAAUGUUUUGGCUCUAUGGAAAUUGUUAUAGAAACUAUGCAUCGAGGACAUAGUGUCUACAUAUA